GAGAGUCCCUAGCGAGCCGGGGCUAGUAUAAAGCGGGGGCGGAACGAACUACUCCUCCCAUCAUGCCAGGGGGCAGCUCCGCGCGUGCCACCCUGGGAGUUAUAGUUCCCUGCCCCUCAGAUCCAGCGGCAUCCUCAGUGUGUGAACUCUGUUACCCAGAAGGCCUCCAGCACCGAAGCUGUAAUUCCUCGGUUACUCUUUCUCUCCGGCGGAACCUGUUAGCGCUGCCCACGAGGCUCAGCGGGGCUGUGCGAGGUUAGUGGCUAAUCAAGAGGGGCUUCGGUCAACUGCCACCUGGCCACGGCGACAAGAAGGGCGGGAGAAAGAAGAGUAGUGGGGUAAGGAACGCACCAUUUAGGAUCAUUCCCGACUCCACCCCAAUUCUUCUCCCCAACGAAUAGUACCUGGGUUGAAGACACCGAGACCCUCAGAUUCGCUGCUACCCUGAGGUGUCUGCCAUGCCUCACAUCGACAACGACGUCAAACUGGACUUCAAGGAUGUCCUGUUGAGGCCCAAACGCAGUACCCUUAAGUCUCGAAGUGAGGUGGAUCUCACAAGAUCCUUUUCAUUUCGGAACUCAAAGCAGAUGUACACUGGGAUCCCCAUCAUUGCAGCCAAUAUGGAUACCGUAGGCACUUUUGAGAUGGCCAAGGUUCUCUGUAAGUUCUCCCUCUUCACUGCUGUCCAUAAACACUACAGCCUCGAGCAGUGGGAAGAGUUUGCUAGCCAGAAUCCUGACUGUCUUGAGCAUCUGGCUGCCAGCUCAGGCACAAGCUCUGCUGACUUUGAGCAGCUGGGACAGAUCCUGUAUGCAAUCCCCCAGGUGAAAUAUAUAUGCCUGGACGUGGCCAAUGGCUACUCUGAACACUUUGUUGAAUUUGUAAAGGAUGUGCGGAAGCGCUUCCCUGAACACACCAUCAUGGCAGGGAAUGUGGUAACAGGAGAGAUGGUGGAAGAGCUGAUUCUCUCUGGGGCUGACAUCAUCAAAGUGGGAAUUGGACCAGGCUCCGUGUGUACCACCCGGAAGAAGACCGGAGUGGGGUAUCCACAGCUGAGCGCAGUGGUGGAGUGUGCAGAUGCUGCCCAUGGCCUCAAAGGCCACAUCAUUUCCGAUGGAGGCUGCAACUGUCCCGGGGAUGUGGCCAAGGCUUUCGGGGCAGGGGCUGACUUCGUGAUGCUGGGCGGCAUGCUGGCUGGGCACAGCGAGUCAGGUGGCGAGCUCAUCGAGAGGGAUGGCAGGAAGUACAAGCUCUUCUAUGGCAUGAGUUCUGAAAUGGCCAUGAAGAAGUAUGCCGGGGGCGUGGCUGAGUACAGGGCCUCAGAGGGAAAGACAGUGGAGGUGCCCUUUAAAGGGGAUGUGGAACAUACUAUCCGAGACAUUCUUGGAGGCAUCCGCUCCACCUGUACCUACGUGGGAGCAGCUAAGCUGAAGGAGCUGAGCCGGAGAACUACCUUCAUCCGUGUCACCCAGCAGGUGAAUCCGAUCUUCAGUGACAAGAGCUAGACCUGAGCAGUUCUACCCUCCCAGGGCGCCAGCACCCACCACAGGGCUCCUCAGUGGGCCCCUCUCCCAUCCCAGCUACUAGGGCUAUUACUUGGUCAUUUCCUAUCCUCUAUCUCCUGAGGGCUCCUGCAGUAUUCUGUACUUUAUCUGCACAUGCAAAAUGCCCAGGGCGCCCACUGGGGAGGAAGCAAGGAAGGCAGGCUGAGAAAUAAAGUUAAGAUAAUCAAAUGGGAAUCUGGGGGCCCAGAAUCCUGAAGAUUAUUAAAAGGAAAAGAUACUGACUCAUACAUAAGUGUUUUAUAUGGCCUUGGUCUGGAAGAGGUAGGCUUUUAGAAUCAUGUUUUGUUAAUCAGAUUCAUUAAAUAGAUCUUUGAAUAUCUAGAAAGCUCAGGAGUGUUUAUGUAUUUUAAAUACCUCAAUAAAGAGAGGUCCCAAUGACUUUGAGAUUCUGGGGAUUUCUGCACAAGGCUGGCAUCUGGGUGCUGCUGCAGGGCAAGUGGAGGAGUUGGCACUGACCCAGUGGAGUCAAGGACAGUGAGUGCCCUUCCCAUGAAGCAUCUCCAUUCUAGUGCCACCACCCCCAGGUAACCUGGCAGCGUGAGAGUUUACAAGUAUAUUCUGGCAUCAGACCACACACACAGUAUUUUCAGAAUAGCAAAAGGAAAUUUCUCUUCCAGGCUCUCAGCCCUGGUAACCCUUUUGGGCAUGUCUGAACAACACUCUCCAAGGGAAGUAAAAUGGCAAAGGGAUCCCCUUCCAGCCCUGGAGAGGCCGGUUCUGUUUCUAAGGAAUGACCUACACUGACCUUAUAGAAGCCUUAAUUCCCCUCCCUCAAACGAAGACAGUGUUUUAACAAAUCCAAAAUUUAAUUAUUAAAUAUUACAAAGUAACUUCAGCAAUAUAGUCAGGCAACCCAAGCAUGGACUUCCACUUUAUUCCCCCUAAACUGCGUGAGAGCUGAGGAGGAAGGAGACAGGCAGAGUGCCGUGGGCAUUCCAGUCUCAUCACAGCAGUCUAGAACUGUCUGUCUGGUUAGGAAGAGGGACACACACCACUGGAGCCAGAAGUGGGGAGGUAUUCACAGAAGGUGGGGAUCAGGGUGUCAAACUUUGUCUUCUCAUAGUUUUCCAGAGAGUCCUGCGGAGAAGGGAGCAGGGAGAUCCUAUCAUCAUUGAAACAUGCCCUGUGCCCUCCAUAUCCUGCAUCAUACGGCUUUCUGUCUUGUUCUGCCCGCCCAUCCCCUUCCCCAGCUUUCCAUUCCUUCCUACUCACCCUUCCUUCCCUCUGGCUGUUUUCUUCCUCUUCGGAGUCCAAAACCAGGUCCCCAAUAGUAAUGUCAGAGCUGCACAGAGAUGGAGGACGCACUGCAGGGAGGAAACAAGAGUCCAAGUACUCUUCUCAGUGAACACAGGACCUCAAGAGUCCCCAAGAGAGGAGGCUGUCUGAUCUGGUCCUGACUCAGGAUACCUACCUGACUUCCUGGCCCUAGGAGGCGAUAAUGACAAUCUCAGGGGUUCCAUGGGGCAAUCCAAGCAGUUCCUAGGGUGGGAGCAAGCAAGACAGGGUGAAAGGAAAGCAGGCAGGGCAUGUGCUGCUAGUAGGGAGAAGCAACUGUUCUACUCACUCCUUUUGCUCUGAGGCAGACAAGUCAGUUGGGUUCUCCUUCAGAGCCCUUCCUCCCUGGGUCUUGGAUGGACUCCUAGACUUGCCAGUUGAAGCUGCUCUGGUGCCCACAGCACCUGCUGGAUCCGCUGUGUGUGUCCCAUGUUCUUCCCUGUUCCCAGGCUUAGAUAUGACCUGCGUUGGUGAACCCAGAUUCCUGAAGGGGAACAGCAUGACUGUGGGGCGCUCCUUAUGGCCUCUGCUAGUGGAUGCCCACUGGGACUGGAUUCUUCGCCGGCCUACAGGGGCCAGAUUGAAAUGGCGGCCAGUCAAAGGUUCCGGGUGCUUCCUUGAGGCUGGACCCUGAGGAAGGUGUGGGCCAGGCUGGGCUUUCGGCAGAGGGUCGUGGAGUGCUGGUCUUGGUUGCUGAGGAGGACUCUGCUCCGUGGGCUCUGUCAUGUUCAUUGAAUCAGUAGCAAAGCACUCUGAAAAAGAAAUCUCUUUAAAAAGGCAAUAUAGUAA